GAGUCAUUGUGACAGUUACUAUUAAUCUAUCUAUCUAUUCCAAUUCCAAUGCCAAUUCAUUGAAAGCAAGCUUAGUUCCACUUGAGCUUUCUUUCCACAAAUCACUCUUGCAAAGAAAACCUUAGUGUCACCAACUCCAAGCUUUCAUCCUCACUUUCAACUAUCACAAUUCACAUCCAAAACCACUUACAAAAAAAUUAAUCACUUCUUCUAGCUAGUGCUUCUAAUCCAAACCACCAACAACCAUUAUAUUCCCACUUAAUCUUCACCAUUAUUCACUUUGAAACUCAAAUUUAAGAGCGCAAUGGAAUCCGAUAACGGUAUUGUUAUGGAAGACGAAAAACAUGUCAUUGGAGAAACAACUAACGAGAAUAUACAUAAAGAAAUUGAACAUGAUUCUAAUGCAGAAGUUGAGAACAAAAAUGAAGUAUCUCAACCCACAAUAGAAACCGAAAGCAACAAAUCUGCGAUUAGUAAAAACUCCGAACGUGUUAAGGAACCUGGUGUCAAAAGUGGUUUAGCUUCAAUGAACACUAAAUCUACCACGAAAGAUAAAUCGAAUUUGAAGGCGACAACUUCAUCGUCUCAAAGACAACAAAACCUUUCGAGAAGCCUUACUUACCCUUCCAAAUUGGCUCAUGUUGAAGCUAUGAAGAAAAGCACUGACGGGAUUCUUCUGAAGACGGAAAAUAAACGUGCUCAAGCUGCGGCUUCGAAUCUUCAUUCGAGAAAGUUAACAAACACAAAGGAGCCAAAGACAAAUCAUGGAAAUUCUAAACAAAGGACUUCUUUGACAAACCAUGUGAAUGCAGUUGCAAAAAGCAUUACAUCUGUGGCAUCCUUACCUGCUGAUCUGAAUUCAAACCCCGCGAAAAGUGAGAAACCAAAUAAACAAGAUGACGAUGUUCGUUCGACAACUUCAAGUCUUACUCCACGUAGGACGAGCAGCGGUUCUGGAUUUUCCUUCCGAUUGGAAGAACGAGCUGAAAAAAGAAAAGAGUUUUUCUCGAAGUUAGAAGAGAAAAUUCAAGAAAAGGAAGCGGAGAAAAGUAAUCUGCAAGAGAAAUCAAAGGAAAGGAAGGAGGCGGAGAUCAAGAAAUUAAGAAAGAAGAUGACAUUCAAAGCAGCUCCAAUGCCAAGUUUCUAUAAGGAACCUCCUCCAAAAAUUGAACUCAAAAAGAUACCUACAACACGCCCGAAAUCGCCAAGGCUUGGAAGAAACAAAGGCUCUAUUGUGAACAACAGUUCAGAAAACAAAACUAGUUCUAGUGCCAUUGCAAAAGUAAAAGGUUAUAAAGACGUGGGUUCAAAGAAACCGGUCAGAAAAACACAAGCCAAGGUCACAAAAACAGAAAUGGAUUAUGGCGAGUCUGUUACAAAAGACGUACUAAUAAUCGAGCAAGAUGCGAAAGUGAAUAUAGAAGGCAAUAAAGAAAGUAAAGAUCCACCUCUUGACAUUUCUGAAUGCCAAAAUGGGAUGGAGCUAGAGCCACUAAAUGAACUUGCUCAGAGCAGUGCACCGGUGCAAAAUGCUUCCACACCAGAAAUUGUAUCCUAUGAAGUUACUGUUGGAGUGUAGAUUGGUGUACAAGAUUGGAGAGUAUUUAUGUAAACUCAGGGUCCCUUUUUUACCAGUUAUUACAUCAUUAUAUUGUGAAUAUAGAUGUUGUUUCAUGUUCAUCAAAAGCAUAUAUUGCAAUGAAGAAAAUUAAGUCUUGUAUUAAACCUGUUAUUGUUUGUAAUGAAUAGUAAGAAAGCCUUGUUUUGUUAA